UUGAUUUAGAAAUAAAAAUAUGGGAGAAAACUCGAUUGAUUUUAAGAAGCUCCAGGAUAAGGAUUAUAAGGGAGAAGGAUACGAAGUUGAUAAGGAACUAGAUGAUGGUCCGCUCUCUGAUGAUAGAAGAAGUUGCACAGACAUCGUCUUUUAUGGAAUAUUUAUUGUAUUUUUGGUAGCGAUGGGCGCAAUCGCGGUCUAUGGAUAUAUAGCAGGAAACCCAUGGAAGUUCUUAUCUGGCGUUGAUGCUAAUGGAAGGUUUUGUGGGUAUUCUGAUGGCGUCGGAAACUACCCUAAGUUAUACUUUGCUGAUCUUAGUAGUACUGAUACUGUGAAGAACACUUACGUCUGUGUUAAAGGUGAUUGUCCAACUGACGAUGCCAGUAAAUCUAUUGAUUGUGUUGUCGCAGGACAUGUAACUGACUGUAAUGACCCAGCCUACACUAGAUACAAAAGUAAGUCCUACAUCGGAAGAUAUUGCUUGCCAAUUAAAGAUGAGCUACCAGAUAAUCUAAAGGAACAGUAUGACGAUCUGAUUGAUUGGCUUCAGUUGGAUACGAUCGGAGAAUGGAUCAAUGAUAUAAUUACAGCCUGGCCAGUCAUUCUUAUCUCCAUCGUCCUUGCACUUAUUCUCAGUCUGGUAUUUAUGUACCUCGUUGAGUAUUUCGCUGCGGUACUUGCAUGGAUUUGUAUUAUUGUGUCAUUCUUUUGUUUGUUAGGGCUUGGUUUUUAUUUCUUCUUCACAAGAAACUCAUCAAACAAUGAUGAAUCAAACAACUCAAGUUACAACAUAGUCUGGGCCAUCAUUUGCUGGGUAGGAGCUCUGGCAAUCUUCUUAUUUGUGUGUUGCUUCUGCAGUGCCUUGAGAAUCGCAAUUGGAGUUAUUCAAGCCUCAGCUGAUUUCAUCACCGACACGAAGAGGAUCCUGCUUGUCCCAAUUAUUGGAUUUGUCUUCGUGAUAAUUUUCUAUUUGCUCUGGGUCUCAGUUGCAAUUCACAUAUACACAAUUGGUGAUAUUUCCAGUACAGGAGGUUCAACCGGGCAAGGAAGAAGAGUAGAGUGGGAGAAUUCUACAAGAAGAGUCUGGUACUUCCACAUUUUUGGACUAUUCUGGAUGAACUCUUUCAUCGAUGCCUUCAUUGGCUUCAUUAUUAUUGUUGCAGCAGCUACAUGGUACUUCUCCCAUGGAACUGACAGAGAGGGCUCUGCUGAGACCUAUAAAGGAUUCAAGUGGAUCUUUAGGUACCAUCUCGGGUCACUUGCUCUUGGGUCUUUGAUUAUUGCAAUUGCAGAAUUGAUUAAAUGGACUUUUGAAUAUGUAAGAAAAAGACUUGAGAACGCUAACCCCACUAAUGCUGCCUUAAAAUUCUUCCUAUGCUUGGUGAGCUACUGCAUCUCUUGCUUAAACAGGAUCAUCAAAUUCAUUACAAAGAAUGCAUAUAUUCAGGUAGCAUUGACAUCGAAACAUUUCUGUCUUUCAGCAUUUAAUGCGUUCAUUCUGAUCUUGAGAAACGCAGCUAGGUUCACUUUUGUGGAAUGGAUUGCCUUUAUGUUCAAUAUUUUAGGGAAAAUCUUGAUUGUAACCCUCACUUGUCUCAUUUCUUAUAUCAUUUUGGAACUGUGGACUGGAAUUAACAAGGACUUGAGUAGCUAUCUUGGACCAAUUCUGAUGAUAGCAGUUAUUUCUUAUUUAAUUGCGAUGGUGUUCUUCAGUGUGUUUUCAAUUGCCGGGAAUACGAUCCUGCAAUGUUUCAUCUUGGAUUAUGAAAUCUCUAACUCCAUGGGAAGAGGAUCAGCAGGCCAUCAGCCACCUGCACUCAGGAAGUUUAUCAAGCAGAUGAAACAGUACAGAAGAGAUAAGGGCGAAGAAGUAUCUGACAGCGUCAGUGAGCAAAAGGAUGAAGAUGGGAGAAGGUACAUGAUGUAG